AACGAACCGUCACUGAGGUGUCAAAACGUUUGUCAAUAUUCGGGACUUUAUCGUAAAAAAAAAUUAAAUAAAAAAUUUCAGUUUAUGUACCACCUAUUCACGUUUCCACUUCCGACGGCAAAAUGUUACUUGGCCUACCAGGCUCGCACGUUCAUAACUGACCCAACGAUGACGAUUAGACCACGCACUUGGCACACCCUGGGUACCAAGCAGACCGCCAAAUCCCUGAUUAAAUUCACCAUUUGGGUGAACAAGGACUUCGACACCCCCGGCCAAGAGAUCACCCUGCAUUACAAGGAUCUGAGGUCGUGGAAUUCAACUUUGAAUUAUCUGACCGCAGUUCUGCAACCGCGUUUCGGAGCAGUUCGAAAACUGUACAAUUUGGAAACACAGAAACUGGUGCUUUGCCUUCAGGACAUCAAGGCGAACGGCAAGUACGUGGCCACCGGAAGUGAAAAGUUCAAGUUCAUACAGAAUGGAUAUCUUACUGCAGACGAGAGGAUUGUUGAGAACAAACGUCGUGCCAAAUCAGCCCACUGGGUCGACGACGUCGCCAAACACACGGUGAAUUUUAUGGAUUAUACCAAAAAGUAUAAACGGACGGUUAUACAUAUGAUGGUCUCCGGUAGGCCUUGUCAAACACCCAUAAAAAUGGUGCUGAUCGAAAGAGAUUUGAUCAAAUACAACAAUAUGCUGCUUGAAUAUAUGGCAUAUCGGUUGGAUAUUGGCGAAGGAAUCAAAUAUAUAACCACCACCAAAGGAAAAAUCAUCUCGGACCCGUUAGAACUGAAACACGGAGGUUUAUAUGUGGCGGUACCGUUUGGCACCGACUUUAUCAAAAUGGACUAUAAGAAGCUCUGUAUUGAAAUGCUACCCGCACAAAAGGUUCAAAUAAUGGUAGCGAACAAGAAAAAGAGGAAGAAGCCGAGAAAGAAGGUAAUCGCGGUUCAAGAAUCGACCGCAGAACACAAAGAGGAAAACCUUGGUCUAUUUUCUGCGGAAUCGACUGGAUCGGGCAGCGAAAACGAGGCGAAACCGGAACGUGAAAAAUGCAUUUGUUCGCAAUGCACCCACGACGCUUGCGCCGCCACAGACGACGGUGAAAAGAAAACUGAUGAUGAAGUUUAUAUUGAAGUUACCGUACAACCGAAGCAAGAAUCGGCCGAAAACGACAGCCAAAUGACCAGACUGGACUUUGAGUACCCGUCCGAUUUCGCUGAUUUUAUAUCGAAAAAAACGACGGACUCGCGAGAGGUCCAGGUGAACCAAGAACCGCCAAAACCUGUGUGCUCUCCGAAAGGUGAUAUUUACCACGACGAUAUCACCAAAGAAAGCACCAUGGAUAUGGACGUGAAAAAGAUACCGGAAAGUGAGGAGCGUCCAAAAGUUGAAACAACAAAUGGCAAGAAUUUUACCACGUUCGCGGAAAUCGCCAGGGAGAAAGCAAUGGAAAAGGAACUGAAUAGUGAAUUGAUUCGCAAUGUAGAUCUAAGUUCCAUUUGUUCUGUUGGUAAAAAAUCCGUGACUUUCCCCAAGGACAAUAAGCCUAUUAAACUGAAGGCAGAAAAGGUGGCGAGCGACGGUUCGAAUCUGACCGUAGACCUGAUCAGACGGCCCAAGUAUUCGAUAUUAAAAGUGAAAGAGUCGGCCAACCAGAAUGUUUCCAGUAAAAACGUGACGCCAUCCGAGCGGACACCGAAGAAGAGGAGUUUCGUGAACGUCAGGGACAGUCUGCAGGACGAUUUAACGUUAAAAAGGAUGUCGAAAACGUUGCAAGAGAAGGCCAACAAGUCGGAGUCUGGUUCGAUAACGACCACCUUGACCACCGGAUUUCCGGUAAAGAAAACUUUGUCCGAUCCGAACUUGUUGAUCGAGUUCCGUGCGGAGAAGGCGGUGCAGAAGAAUUGGCCAAUCGAGGACGAAGUGGAGAGUAAAAAGACCCAAGCGAACGAGUUGAGCGAUUCCUCCUCGGAUCUGUCCAUGGCCGAUAUAAUCUUCGAGAAUCAGAUGGCGGAUCAGAGAUCGGUCGCGGAUAGGGUGAGUUUCUCGAGGAAAAGCGAUAAGAAUCCCGAUGAUUUGAAUAAGAAAUGAUUUUCUUUUAUAAUGAAUUUUAUAAGCACGAAAUUAUUUGCGUGAGAAAUAAAAUUACAGUUUAUACGA